AUGCUAUGCUUAUCGUAUCUACUGAUUGGGCUGUACAUCUUUUACUACUUUAGUGAGAGCGACGCAAUGGAAGGCUUCAGCGCUUCUUCAUCAUCUGCCAACAACAAGGCACACAAAAUGGACCAAACCUUUGCCAAUGAGCGCAACAAGCUAUUGAGUCUGGUCAAUGAUCCUGAGCGUAUCAACAACAUAUCCGAGUUGUACGACUCGGAUGGCAAUCUGAUUGAUUCCAAAAAGGUGGUGACGGACAACAAUACCUACAAAUUUCCAGAGUCUGGUCAUGCCCACAAACUGUUGGAUGGAAUGCUAGGAAUUGAAAUCGGAGCUCGAUCCUAUCAAGGUUUUGGACUAACGACACUGAAUGUAGACCUGCUACCUUCACAGCAUGCGGCAGGUGGUGCUGAAGUGAUAGAAGAAGCCAAGUCUGAAAAAGCGGAUAGUCCUACCACCAGAGAAGGGAGCCACAAUGAAAUAGAUCGACAACUCGAAUUGGCAGGGAUUGUUAGGCGAGUCGAUGUAACCUUAUCCCCCAAAGAUGUCGACCGCCUCCCAUUUGAUGAGGGAGUAUUGGACUUUGUCUUGGCCAAUCGACUCUUGGCUCCUUCUUCGGUGGAAAACAGCGAUCCAUUUGCAUGGGAUCCCAUUAUCAGUUUUUGUGAGUGGGGACGAGCCGUCAAAGAUGGUGGCUAUUUGUACGCUGUUCUUCCUAACAAAGAACGUACCUUUUGGCAUCGCGAAAAGAAGUCCACCACCAUACAAGAAGUCAUUGCGGCCCACAUGAAACACGUCAAGUCACCCUUGGAUCAUAUUGACGAUCCGAUUAUCUGGAAUGAUAAUGAUGCUACAGAAUUCUUGUGGUAUAUGGGUCUGAAUGUAGUAGACACGUUGCCCCAACACGAUAGUGUUCAAGGAGGAUAUGCGCUGGUAAUUCAAGUCCAACGGAAGAAUGGUAUGAUUAGCAGUCGAUGCUAG